CCACCGCACACACCAUGCAAAUCAUGAAUUGGCAGCAUCAAAGACCUCCGGAUCCAUCGAAUACCCGAUUACCGCGAGAAUACUCUACUUCUUGGCAUUUUUGAUAACGUCAACAUGAAGCAUCACAGCCCCAAAGUAGCAAAAGCCGUGCUUCAAACACCGAGUCAAAGCUGCUUCCGGUGUUCUCGAGACCCGAAAACCGUGAUUUGAAGUCAUCCCUGGACCAGCUCUUAAAACAUUGGAGCCUGGAGUUCUGAUCACGGUGUUUGUGGGCUCCAAGUGCAUCGAUGACACACAUGAGGGGUCGGGAAGCUUGAGCGGGAACGGUUGUGAGAUGUGCCGAGGCCAAAGCAAUAGAAUGGAUGCAAGAUGCUUUGGCUCAGGAAACUACAAAUAAGACCCUCGGGACCUUGAUUGAUCGUGCGUAUUGUUUAUUCAGAAGUGCAGUAGUAUAAUAUCAUAUCGCCCAUCAUGAGGACUAAAGAAGAAGUCGCCAAGCUGGCAGAGAUGGACCCGGAACUCGCUGAGUUCCUCAAGAGUAAUCCCCUUCCCAAAGGCAACUGGUCCGAUAUCAAAACAUUCCGCGCCAUGCGCGUGGAGAUGGAGAAAGAGAAGCUCAAAGCCCUGGGCUCGCCAGCCCCUCACGUCGAAGAGGAAUUCAAGAACGUCUCCAUGAGAGAUGGAUUCGAGAGCCAGAUCAAGAUCCACAGACCGACUGGCAAGAGUGGAGGACCUCUGCUCGUCUUGAUCUUCGGUGGAGGUUUCGUGGUCGGUGACAAUCAGCAACUUACGCCUUAUGGGCGUGGGUUUGCCAGGGCUUUCGAUGCGGUUGUUGUGACGGUUGCAUAUCGACUCGCUCCGGAGCACAAGUUCCCAACUGCUCCGAAUGAUGUUGAAGACACUCUUUUGUGGCUUGCGAAGAAUGCGGAGAGUCUUGGUGCGGAUCCUUCAAAGGGGUUCGUCUUGGGUGGUAUCAGUGCAGGAGGUAACUUGACGGCAGUCAUUGCUCAAAAGACUCUUGAGGACAAGAGUCUGGCUCAUCCUUUGACUGGUCUCUGGCUCUGUGUUCCUUUGGUCUUCCCUAGUGGAGACCUCGUGCCCGAGAAGUACAAGGAUGUCUGGUUUUCGCAUGAGCAAAAUGCCGAAGCGCCUAUUCUCGACAAAGAUGCCAUCGAUGCGAUUGGAGCUCAUCUGGAACCUGAUGUCAACUCACCACUGUACUCGCCAUUCAACAGCAAGAAUCCCCACAAAGGCCUGCCACCGACUUACAUUCAGGUCGAUGGUCUGGACCCCCUGCGUGAUGAUGGUUUAAUUUAUGAGCAGAUUCUCAGUGAGAAUGGUGUCAAGACAAAAAUUGACAUCUGGGCCGGCUUGCCUCACGCACACUUUGCUUUCCUGCCUUUCCUGAGUGGCUCCAAGAAGGCAAUUCUUGAUACGUUCCUAGGAUUUGGCUGGCUUUUGGGUGUUGACAUCUCCCCUCAGAAAGUACAAGAGGUCAUGGUCGCACCCGCUGGCGGCUAGACUGAUAGUUGACUAUUUCAUGAAGAUAUGUGUAGAAGAAAUGGUUGACAAUUCUCCUUUGGAUUAGACAUCCAUAUGAAU